UUCUCCUUGACUUCCUCUCAAUUUUUCCCUCCCAACAAGCCAAUAAAAAACUGACACGUGUACAGUUUAACAACACUUGGUUCGGUUUAGCCUAAACCGACAAUAUGCUAUUGCCAUUCGAACCCGUUAAUAACUAGGGUUUCUAAAGGUUCCAGCUUGACUAGAAACAAUCACUUCAUUUACUCCGCCGUAACGUCGCCGAUCACAACCUGCUUUGCUCACCGUCUCGCCGGCGUUUAACAGAGAAAGAGGAAGGAGAAAUGGAUUCAAGACCUAGCGGACCAGUGGUGUUGACGGCGGAGGAGAAGGCCGUUCUGAACGAAGGAAUUGGUUUGAUACUUUCACGGUGGACAGCCAUGAGAGCCGCCGUCGAUAACGGCUGGGGCGGCCGAGACUCUCAUCUGAAAGCGGAACGCACCGUUUCGAAUGUUCUCGAUUACUUCAUCCGUUUAAAAGAUCCAACGAUGGGCUUUGAUGGGUUAGCUGAUAUUCUAGAGAAUGGUCUUAAUGAGCUUAACACUCUGGCUGAUGAUGGAAGCCUUGAGGAGGUGACAGAGACGUUGCUAGAUUUGUAUUAUGAAUGUCUCGAAGGUAACUACCAAAGGGUUGAGAAGCUGAGGGUGACUAGUUCUCAGACUAGUGCAAAAGUUGUCAAGGUUUCAAACGGUAACGAUGAGGAUGAGGAUGAGGAUGAGGAUGAUGAGGAGAGCGAUGAUGAAGAUGAUGAUGAUGAGGAUACAGAGAUGAGCAAUGAUCAAAGCACAGACAUGAUGGUGGAUGCAGCUGAGAACUGCUCAAACGGGAGACCAGAAGCCAUGCCGGUUGACGAACCAAAAGCUGAUGAUGGCUGGACGGUUGUUCCAAGUAGAAAAAACAAGGGCAAGAGGAAUUAAACAGUUUCAAUGGUGUUAUGUAAUGUUAACAGUUUUGGCUUGUUUUGUUUCUAAACUGAAAUACAUAUAAUAUAUUGUUACUUUCUAAACAAAAUCACAAGGUUGUGUCAUUGUUUUCACAUACU